AAGCAUCAAAAGCACAUCAAGGCGUAUGAUAGAAGACUCACCUAAGUCAGACAACGUUCAUGGUACACUACAACACUCACUGGGGAAAAAAGGAGCCCAAGUUUUCCUUCCGCCACUCGCCGGCAACCCUCGGCAGCAGCGGCGCGGCGUUCACGCGUUCAGUCUCAAAGCGGACGGGCGAGCGUGUGGUCUGCGGCCCUUGUUCCCCCGCUGUGCCAUGCCCGCCGCCGCGCCCGUGUCCCCGCGGGUGUUCCGGGCCAUCGAGAAGUCGGACAUCCACACCCUAGCAUGCUGCCGCGAGGAGGACAUCCGCGCCGUGCUGCCCUGCCUGGUGCGGAUGUCCCUCAUCGCCCCGCUGGACCACUCCGCGGAGUGCAUCGCCGGCAGGAAGGUCACCCUCAGGAUCCUGUCCGGCAUCGAGGUGGUCAACUCCCUCGUGGCGCUGCUCUCCAUCGACUUCCCGGCCCUCGAGAUGGACGUCAAGAAGGAGCAGCAGCUCAGGCAGAAGCUUGGAGGUGGAAAUCAAAAUGAGAGUGUGUUGGUGCAAAACUUGGCCAAUGGCUUGGCUCUGGAGUUUGAGUGUUCAGACCCCACACGCCGCCUCCGCCUCCUCCUCUCUGAGCUGCUGCUGGUGAUGGCGCAGAUCCGGGAGCCACGUCAAGACUUUUAUCACAAAGCUUCAGAGCUUUUUGACAACCCGUGUUACCUGGAGGAGGUGAGCGAUGUUCUUUGCAUUGCCCUGGCCGAGCUGCCAGCACUACUGCCCCCAGCAGAGGUGGCAGAGGCACUGCUGCACGUCACCAAUGGGCCAGUGCUCAUUGCCCGCAUGGUGGCCAACCAGCCAGACUGCUUCAGAGAAGUUGUGACAGGCCUGGUGAUGAAUGGAGACAAGCAGGACGAAGACAUUCCUGGUGGUCUGGUGAGACUCCAGUCUGUGCGCACACUAUGCCAGAUGAACCCCAGCCAGGCCCUCAACGUGCGGACGCUCUGUGUGGAGCAGUGCCGGAUGCCUGGGCUAGCAAUCUAUCUCACACUGGAUGCUGGCAAGGUGGCCAAUACUGGAGGGUUGGGCGGCAGCAGUGUGUGUGGGGGGAGUGAGGGAGGGGACGUGGUGAGCUACGUGACAGGUCUUCUGCUGUCACCCAACCAGCCACAGCGCUCAUGGUUUGCACAGUUUGUCAAGAGUGGCCAGAGGAGAAAAUACGACCAGCCUCCGUCAGCACUGGUGGCUCUACGCACAGACCUGAGUGAGCGUUUGAGGAACCUGCUGCUCUUCAACAGCAACGACACCCUGCCAGACUCCCAGGUGAUCCACGCCACUGCACUGCUUAGGCUCUACUGUGCCCUCAAGAGUCUGGCAAACCUCAAGUUCAGCGAGGACACAGAGAUCAUGUACCUGCUGCAGCUUGUGACGUGUCGACCUCCCCCGUCUUCCGCGGGUGUGAGGUUUGUCAGCACGGGCCUCUGCAUGCUCAUUGCCUGCCCGUCGCUCAUCUCCUCUCAGGAUAAUGAACGGAGAGCCUCGGAGUGGAUCAAAUGGCUCGUUAAGGAGGAGGCAUAUUUCGCAGGGGCCAGCGGGGUGUCAUCCUCGUUUGGAGCCAUGUUAUUGCUCAUGGCCAUACACUUCCAUGUCCAGCAGCUCAGCGCCAUCAUUGAGUUGGUCAGCGCCGCUCUGGGCAUGAAGGUCAUCACCCGUGCCUCCAGCCUGGGCCGCAUCAAAUAUAUCUUCACCCACGAUGUCUUCACAGAGCAGGUGGUGACGGCACAUGCUGUGAAAGUGCCAGUCACGUCAGGCCUGAAUGCCAACAUCCCAGGCUUUCUCCCAGUCCAUUGUGUGUACCACCAGCUCAAGAGUCGCAUGUUCACCAAGCACAAGGUCCCCAUCAAAGACUGGAUCUACAAUCAGAUCUGUGCCUGCUCCACGCCGCUGCACCCAGUGAUGCCACAGCUGAUUGAUGUGUACGUCAACUCCAUCAUCCUGAGUGCCAGCAAAGGGGGGGUGUCAGACCACUUCAAUGAGCCCAUAUCAGAGGAAGAGAUCAUGGCUGUUUUUUCUCAGUCCAUAUUUACUGAGAAGAGUCCAGGAAGAAGUCAAAAUAUGAAACAUUCUGGGUCAAGAUUUAGGGGAGCAUUCAGAGGCACCCAGCUGAGAAGGUUGCGGGGGAAUGCUGCUGUUGCCCCAAAGAAGCCUAACAAUUCCACCAUCAAGGCCUCUCACUUGCCCUCACAAGCCACCUCAUCUGCCAAUAGUAUUAGUGGCAGCACACCCGUUGCCUCCGUCAUGACCUCACAGCUGCUGCUGCUUUACUACCUGCUGCUGUACGAGGACGUGCGGCUCAGCAACAGUCACCAGCUGCUGUCCUGUGCCCGCAGGAUCCACAUCUACUCCCCUCACCUCUUUGCUCAGCUGCCCAUCAGAUACCUGCUCUCACAUGCACAGAAAGAACAGAGGCUCUAUGCAGGCUUGUAUUCUCCCCUGGUGAAGCUGUUGGUCAGCCACUACCCCCAGCUGUGUCUGGUGGAGGACUGGCUCUACCAGACGCCUUCAGCUAACUCCAGACUUGGCAUUCUUCCACCACCGCUGCCCCUUGACCAUUUCUCAGUAUCUAAAGCUAUUGAGGAUGCUGCCCACAACCCUGGCCAAGUCCUGGUGCUGCUGGAUCGCCUGCUAAGAAUGCCGCCUCACCAACUCUGGCCCCUGGCUAGUCCUCUUGUAGCCUCCAUCAAGUGCCUCCUGCAGCCUGGCAUCCCACGCAAGGUUCUUGACACCUAUAAACAAGUGUGGAUGCGACUCAACUCCCUGUUCCCCCGGCGGUUGUGGGCCAUGACUGUGGAGGGAUUGUUGCCCAUAGAGGUCCACGGAAAGUUUCGGCGAGCACUCUCCGAAGAUGACAUCAUUUUGGAUCCCCUGUAUGUCCUGCGCUGUGAUGAUCAAGUCUACAGGUGUGCUCCUCUGCUGCACCUGGUGAUGUACAUGCUGCAAGUGUACCUGCUGUCUUCACGUACCUUCCUAUCGCAGCAAAUGCAAAAUAAACCUGCAACAGCAAUUGCCCACUGCCUGGGAACCAGUGCCAACGCUGGCACCACCACCUCCCCUCAGACCAUCGAGGAGGAGAGGGAGAAGUUGAGAGGGGCGCUGGUGCUCACCCAGGAGAGUGCUGCAGUACAAAUCUUGCUUGAGGCCUGCUUGAUGAAGGAGCAUGAGAAGGAUGGCGCUGGAGCCCUAAUGCUGCAGGAGGUACGAAGCAUUGUGUGCUCCUACAUCCAUCAGGCCUUCCUCAAGGACACAACAUUGGCCAAGCUGGUGCAUUUCCAGGGUUACCCAGGAGAACUACUUGGGGCUGUGGUGAGGGGUGUUCCAUCAAUGCAUAUUGCCAUUGGCCUCAACUGGAUUCCUGAACUUCUUCAGCUUCCUGAUUUAGAAAAACAGCUGUUUGCCAUUGAACUAACUUCCCACCUUGCUCUGCAAAAUGCCAUGCCUUCCACCCUUAGUAUAUCAAGGCUUGGAAUAAACACCCUGGCCACGUUGCUGUCAGUAUUAAGUAAAAACAAGCGGCUGACAAUCAUCAAGGAGUCUCUGCCCUCGCUGGUGGCCAUUGGACGGGCCUUCCCUGCCCUCACCGACGACCUGCUGCACCUCAUGGUCAUGUACGGCCGUGUGGCGUCAGCACAGUCCAGUCUGCUCUCAGCACCAGCCCCUAAGUCUCUCAUAUUCCAAAAUGGGGACAUGGAGGAACGCGACCUUGAUGGAAUAGAGAAGAUGGACUACGAGGCAGGUCCUCCCGAGGAGAUGGUGCGUGCAGUGCCGCAGGAAGACUCUCUAUACGCUCAGGUCAUCUUCACCUUCAGGAAGCUUGUUAAGGAGAGUACAAUGUCUCACAACCUCUACUAGUGCUGGGUUGUGUGGGAAGGAGGCGGCCAUCAGCUUCCAACAUCAUCUUUUUGUUCAUCAUGGUUUGAUGAGAGUUUGUGUACAAACUCUGUCUGCAUGUGUGUGUGUGUGUGUGUGUGUGUGUGUGAAACCAUCACAUUUCAUCAAUUCUUCAUCAACAUUUUCAUGUGGUUUUGUUCUGUAAGUAAUGUGUGAGAAGAUUUAUAAUUAAAAUAAAAUUACAUAAAAAAAUUUUCAUCAUAGUU